AUGCACGCUCCUCCAGCAGAGGGCAAUUUCUGUGAUGAACACAGAAAUGCCAUAAAGCCUGCAAUUGUUGCGGAUUACAACAUGCACAUGGGAUAUGUUGACAAAGCGGCCAGGAUGACAAACAGUUAUUCCAUCAGCCGUCGGACUUGGAAAUGGACGAAGAAACUAUUCUUCCAUUUACUAGAUCUGACGAUUCUGAACAGUUUCAUUGUGCUGUCAUCCUGUGGUGCGAAAAUAUCACAUAGAGACUUUCGUCUAACCCUUGUGCGCAACAUGCUGGAGAAUGCUGCAACAUGUCGCCCUCGCCCCCAGGGGCCCUUAGGUCGACCUCCUGCUCUUUCAUCUACAAUAUAUCGCCUAGAGGAGGCCAAUCGACAACACUGGCCAAACCAUUCAGACAAGAGACUGAACUGCCGCGUCUGUUCUGCACGUGGGAAGAGGAGAAGAAUACACACAAAGUGCGAGAAAUGUGACGUGGGCCUGUGCAUUCUCAGAUGCUUCAAAGAAUAUCACACAAAGCCGAGAUUUAGUUAG